AUGGCCCGGAAAUACUGGGGCGGCUCCGGCGAUGCCCUCACGGUAUGGAUCUCCAUCGCCACGUCUACAGUCCUUAUCUUCUACGGCUAUGACCAAGGAGUCUUUGGCAACGUCAUCAUCGGCGAAAACUUUCUCAAAACAAUGGACCACCCAUCUUCUAACAUGCAAGCGACAAUGACAUCCGUGUACAAUCUCGGCUGUUUCGUGGGCGCCAUGUCCACCAUUUUGACUGGUGAUAUUUUGGGCAGACCGCGUCAAGUGAUUGUUGGAAGUACGGUGAUUGCGGUGGGCGCUGUGAUACAGACUGCUUCUUUUAGUGUGGCGCAGAUGAUGGUUGGGAGGGUUGUUGCUGGUCUGGGAACGGGAAUGAAUACAGCUACUGCCGGUGUAUGGCAGGCCGAAACUAGCAAGAUGCGCAGCAGAGGAAAGCUCAUUAUAAUCCAAAUGGCAAACUGUAUCACCGGCUUCUCGCUCUCCAACUGGCUCACACUAGGAUUCUCCUUCCUCUCCGGCAGUGUCGCAUGGCGCUUCCCCCUCGCAUUCCAAAUCGUCUUCACACUUAUCAUUUACGCCCUCUGCCCUUUCCUUCCUGAUUCUCCUCGUCUCUUGAUCCGCAAGGGCAAAUACGACGAAGCGAAAGAAGUCAUUGCUGCCCUGCAGGGUGACGGCGCAACGCCCGAUUCUCCAUCGGUCACAUCGCAGUUUAAUAUUAUCAAGGAUAUCCUUGAUCGUGAGCAUGUGGCGACUUAUACAUGGGGUCAAUUACUUACCGGACGAGGUCCCUCCGGCGUCCUCCGUCGCAUGAUCCUCGGCGCCUGGAUGCAAGCUAUGAACCAAAUCUCCGGCAUCAACAUCACAAGCUACUACAUGUCCUACGUCUUCAUCAAUGCUCUGGGCAUCAGUGAGCUGCUCUCCCGCAUUCUCGCCGCUGCCGGGAGUGUCGAUUACCUCCUAUUCUCGUGUCUCGCAUACUUUGUCAUUGAGCGAUUCGGCCGUCGAAAAGUCAUGAUGUACUCUGCUGCGGCGUGCUGUACGUGCUGGGUCGUUAUUGCCAUUGUGCUCGCAAUCUCGGAUACAGGGCGUGGAGACUCAUACAAAUUGGGCAUUGUAGCUGUUUCGUUCUUCUUCGUGUUCUUUGCUAGCUUUGGAUUGGGUGUCUUGGGUGUUCCUUGGCUAUAUCCAACCGAAAUCAACGCCCUCGAAAUGCGUACAAAGGGUUCUUCUCUCGCAAUGGCCACAAACUGGAUAAUGAACUACAUGGUCGUCCAAGUGACGCCUCCCGGAAUCGCGAAUCUCGGCUGGAAAUUUUGGAUUAUCUGGGCUUGCAUCUGCUUCAGUUUCAUCCCUAUUACGUACCUAUUUUAUCCAGAGACGGCGAAUAGGACGUUGGAGGAUAUUGAUCGAUUCUUUGAGACGAAGCCGGGUAUUAUUGUUGCUUGGAAUAAGACCGCCACUCAACUCGAAAGACCGGAGGAAUAUAUUCGUAUGGAUGAGGAAAUUGAGCGUCUGGCGACGGCGAAUAAUGAGAAAUUGUCUGAUAAUGAUGAUCGGAAUGAGAAAACGGUACAAGUUGUUGAUUCGAAAACUGAUCAUCGGGAGCAUAUUUAG